AUGGCGGAGCUGGCAGAGCAUGGUGUUUACUUGCCUUAUAAUAUGCAAGGACUAACAGAUGAGCAAAUCGAAGAACUGAAGUUAAAGGAUGAGUGGGCAGAAAAGUGUGUACCAAGUGGUGGAAGUGUCUUCAAGAAGGAUGAAAUUGGGCGAAGAAAUGGACACGCUCCAAAUGAAAAAAUGCAGCAAGUUAUAAAGAAGACAAUAGAGGAAGCCAAGGCAUUAAUCUCUAGGAAACAAGUUCAGGCCAAUGUGUGUGUUAAUAUGGACAUGGUGAAAGAUGCAUUGGACCAGCUCCGAGGGGCUGUGAUGAUUGUGUAUCCAAUGGGAUUGCCUCCACAUGAUCCAAUUAGGAUGGAGUUGGAAGAUAAAGAAGACUUGUCAGGAACUCAUGCUGGACUUGAGGUUAUAGAAGAAUCAGAAGCACAGUUAUGGUGGGCAGGAAAGGAGUUGAAUGAAACAAAGUUGCUCUCUGAUUAUAUAGGCAAAAAUGAGAAAACAACCAUCAUUGUCAAGAUACAGAAAAAAGGACAAGGAGCUCCAGGGCGUGAACCUCUGAUUAGUCAUGAAGAGCAAAAACAGAUGAUGCUGUACUACUACAGAAAGCAGGAGGAGCUUAAGAAACUAGAAGAGGAUGAUGACGACUCAUUUCUAAAUGCAGAGUGGGCAGACAACCAUGCCUUGAAAAGGCAAUUUCAUGGUGUAAAAGAUAUCAAGUGGGGUCCGAGAUGAAGCUCUGCAGACACCUUUUUGCCUCUUUAAGCUGUUUGGUUGAUACACUUGUUUGUAAUGAGGAGUUGUGUUGUGUGUGGUGGAUUCUUCUGGCAAAAGCUGGAAGUGUCACUUCCAUAGCAGGUGCCU